UCCUUAGCGACGUGGGCGUGGCUUAGCCGGGGAAGCAGGAGUCCAGCCGGCGAAGAGGCAGCCGCCGUCUUUGAGGUGAAGGGAGAAAGGAAGCGAUAAAGCGGGGAGUCCGAUCGAGGUUCUAUGGCGACUUACCUAGAAUUUAUCCAGCAAAAUGAAGAGCGUGAUGGAGUUCGCUUCAGUUGGAAUGUAUGGCCUUCCAGCAAAUUGGAGGCCACCAGAAUGGUUGUUCCAUUGGCUUGUCUUCUAACACCUCUGAAAGAACGGUUAGAUCUGCCCCCUGUCCAGUACGAGCCUGUUCUAUGCAGUAGACCAACCUGCAAAACUGUUCUCAAUCCACUUUGUCAAGUUGAUUACCGAGCCAAGCUUUGGGCUUGUAACUUCUGCUUUCAGAGGAACCAGUUUCCUCCAGCAUACGCAGGCAUAUCUGAAGUGAAUCAGCCAGCAGAACUAAUGCCGCAAUUUUCUACAAUAGAAUAUAUAGUCCAGCGUGGCCCUCAGACACCCCUGGUCUUUCUUUAUGUAGUGGACACAUGUUUGGAAGAGGAGGACUUACAAGCUUUGAAAGAAUCCUUGCAAAUGUCUUUAAGUCUGCUCCCUCCUGAUGCUCUUGUGGGCUUGAUUACCUUCGGUCGAAUGGUUCAAGUUCAUGAAUUGAGCUGUGAAGGGAUCUCCAAAAGUUAUGUUUUUAGAGGAACUAAAGAUCUGUCAGCAAAACAAAUACAGGAUAUGUUGGGCCUUUCAAGGCCUGCCGUACCUACCCAGCAAGGGAGACCACCUCAGUCCCAAGAAUCGCCUCACCUUUCUAGCAGAUUUUUGCAGCCUGUUCACAAAAUUGACAUGAACAUGACAGAUCUUCUAGGAGAACUACAAAGAGAUCCUUGGCCAGUUACUCAGGGAAAGAGACCGUUGCGAUCCACUGGAGUAGCUUUGUCAAUUGCUGUUGGACUACUAGAGGGAUCAUUUCCAAAUACUGGGACUAGAAUAAUGUUGUUUACUGGAGGGCCACCAACUCAAGGGCCAGGCAUGGUGGUAGGAGAUGAACUGAAAACUCCAAUUCGUUCGUGGCAUGAUAUAGAGAAAGACAAUGCACGAUUCAUGAAGAAAGCUAUGAAACAUUAUGAGGCAUUGUCUAAUCGUGCUGCUGCUAAUGGACACUGCAUUGAUAUUUAUGCAUGUGCUCUUGAUCAGACUGGUCUUCUGGAGAUGAAGUGUUGUACAAAUAUAACUGGGGGUUAUAUGGUGAUGGGAGAUUCUUUUAAUACUUCUCUCUUCAAGCAAACCUUCCAGAGAGUGUUUAACAAAAAUCUCAGUGGAGAAUUCCGAAUGGCUUUUGGAGCAACUCUAGAAGUGAAAACUUGUAGAGAACUGAAGAUAGCUGGAGCUAUUGGACCAUGUGUAUCCUUAAAUGCCAAAGGGCCAAGUGUUUCCGAAAAUGAGCUUGGGAUAGGUGGCACAUACCAAUGGAAAAUUUGUGGUCUUGACCCCACCAUGACUCUUGCCAUUUACCUUGAAGUAGUAAAUCAGCACAGCACUCCAAUACCUCAGGGUGGAAGAGGAGCUAUCCAGUUUGUUACGCAUUAUCAGCAUUCCAGUACACAGAGGCGCAUUCGUGUGACUACUGUUGCUAGAAAUUGGGCAGAUGCACAGAGUCAGUUGCAGCACAUUGAAGCUGCAUUUGACCAAGAAGCAGCUGCUGUCCUGAUGGCUCGAUUGGGUGUCUACAGAGCUGAAUCAGAGGAAGGGCCUGAUGUCUUGCGAUGGCUGGAUAGGCAACUAAUUAGACUUUGUCAGAAGUUUGGACAAUACAGCAAAGAUGAUCCAAAUUCUUUUAGGCUGUCCGAUUCAUUCUCCUUGUAUCCCCAGUUCAUGUUCCACUUGCGACGAUCUCCAUUCCUUCAAGUAUUCAAUAACAGUCCAGAUGAAUCUUCUUAUUACCGCCAUCACUUUGCCAGGCAGGAUUUGACCCAGUCUCUUAUUAUGAUUCAGCCAAUACUUUAUUCUUACUCAUUCUAUGGACCACCUGAGCCUGUGCUAUUGGAUAGCAGCAGCAUUCUUGCUGAUAGGAUUCUGCUGAUGGAUACUUUUUUCCAGAUUGUUAUCUAUCUUGGUGAGACUAUUGCCCAGUGGCGUAAGGCUGGUUAUCAAGAUAUUCCAGAAUAUGAAAACUUCAAGCAUUUACUGCAGGCUCCUCUGGAUGAUGCUCAAGAAAUCUUGCAGACAAGAUUCCCAAUGCCACGCUAUGUUAACACAGAACAUGGAAGCAGCCAGGCACGGUUUCUCCUAUCUAAAGUGAAUCCUUCUCAGACGCAUAAUAAUCUGUAUACAUGGGGGGGACAAGAAUCUGGUGCUCCAAUACUAACAGAUGAUGUUAGUCUACAAGUAUUCAUGGAUCAUCUAAAAAAGCUGGCUGUAUCAAGCGCAUCCUAAUUUUGAUACUAAAGUCUUAAAAAU